GGCUGCGCUGGGAAGGGGUUCGCUCGGCUGUCAGCUAUAUUGCCGAUCCGACAUGGGCUUUCUCGGAGCUACAGCGCUGCAGGCCAAUCCUUGCAGUAUAUUUUGGUGGAGCGCAAAGGAAAGAAUGAAAAUGUGGGUUUUAUACAGCUGAAUCGCCCCAAAGCUCUGAAUGCUUUGUGUGAUGGACUGAUGACCGAGGUCAACCAGGCUCUGGACUCCUUUGAAGGGGACCCUCGGAUUGGAGCAAUUGUUAUCACGGGGAGUGAGAAAGCCUUUGCUGCUGGUGCAGAUAUUAAAGAGAUGCAAAAUAGGACCUUCCAAGAAUGUUAUGGUGGAGGCUUCCUGUCACACUGGAAUCGUGUGUCCACUGUAAAAAAGCCAGUCAUUGCAGCAGUUAAUGGUUAUGCACUGGGAGGAGGCUGUGAGCUUGCCAUGAUGUGUGACAUUAUUUAUGCUGGAGAAAAGGCCCAGUUUGGGCAACCAGAAAUCUUACUCGGAACAAUUCCAGGGGCAGGUGGUACUCAGAGGCUUACAAGAGCUGUUGGAAAAUCUCUGGCCAUGGAGAUAGUCCUUACUGGUGAUCGCAUAUCUGCUACAGAAGCCAAGCAAGCAGGACUUGUCAGCAAAGUGUUCCCAGCGGAUAAGGUUGUGGAAGAGGCUAUCGGCUGUGCUGAGAAGAUAGCCAAUCACUCCAAACUCAUUGUGGCUAUGGCCAAAGAGGCUGUCAAUGGGGCAUUUGAAUUGUCAUUGACUGAAGGAAACCGUCUUGAGAAACGACUUUUCCAUUCCACAUUUGCUACGGAUGACCGAAAAGAAGGAAUGACUGCAUUCGUGGAGAAGAGGAAAGCAGAUUUUACAGAUCAGUAA